AUGCGGUACUGUUGCUACGCAUUCGCACUUCUUCUUGUUAGUUUUUGUGUCCAGGCCAACGCGAAACACGAAUAUGAACCAAAAUAUGAGACAAAGAAGGAGACCUACUACGAGCCCAAGUACGAAACCAAAUACGAGACCUAUUACGAGCCUAAAUACGAAAAGAAGGUGGUGAAAUACGAAACCUACUAUGAGCCCAAAUACGAAACCAAGUAUGAGCCCAAGUACGAAACCUACUAUGAGCCCAAAUACGAAACCAAGUAUGAGCCCAAGUAUGAACCCAAAUACGAGACCUAUUACGAGCCCAAAUACGAAAAAAAGGUCGUCAAGUAUGAACCCAAAUACGAAACCAAGUAUGAGCCCAAGUAUGAAACAAAGUAUGAGCCUAAGUAUGAAACCAAAUACGAGACCUACUACGAGCCCAAAUACGAAAAAAAGGUCGUCAAGUACGAGCCCAAAUACGAAACCAAGUAUGAAACCAAGUAUGAACCCAAAUACGAUACCAAGUAUGAGCCCAAGUAUGAAACCAAGUACGAGACAUACUACGAGCCCAAAUACGAAACCAAGUAUGAACCCAAAUACGAGACCUAUUACGAACCCAAAUACGAGACCAAGUAUGAGCCCAAAUCCGUUCCAGAGAUACUAUUGUCAACCCUUAUAGGCAACCUAAUAUUCACCGGAUUCAUCUCGAGAAUUGUCAAACGGGAUGGUUGUCAUCGGUCGGCCUGGUUACCAACCAUUUAUGCUUAA